UCCGGUCACGUGACCAGGGGAUGAUCUGAAUUACUGCUGAGGCACGGAGGAGCACAGCACACUGACUCAACCCUCAGAUCUCAACACACGACGCACUGGAUGCUUUCACUCUGAAUACCGCACUGCAAACCAGCGCCAUUACAUCUCUGACAGGCCUGUAUGAAAUAGCUGCGCCUUGUUUUGAAGCAGAAAGAUGAUUUCGCCGUGGGACAGAUGGUACACGACGAGCUGCUGCCUGUGUUGUCAUGUACGGACGGGCACCAUUAUCCUCGGCGUCUGGUACAUGCUCAUCAACGCUGUGGUCCUGCUAAUCCUACUGUCUGCUCUAAACGACCCAGUGCAGUAUCACUACCACCUCACCAGUGCCGAACUUGGCACAGACUUGGAUGUCAUGGAUGAUGCGAACAUGUGCAUCGCUGCUGCAAUUUCCCUACUGAUGAUUUUGAUUUGUGGGAUGGCAACCUACGGUGCUUAUAAGCAACAUGCUGCUUGGAUUAUUCCAUUUUUCUGCUACCAAAUCUUUGACUUUGCCCUUAAUACCCUGGUAGCAAUAAGUGUCAUGGUUUACCCAAACACCAUUCAGGACUACCUUGAGCAGCUGCCUGGGACCUUUCCAUACAAAGAGGACUUAAUGUCCACCAACAACAUAUGCCUAGUGUUUGCAGUACUUACUUUCAUCGGCUGUAUUCUGGCUUUUAAGGCUUACCUGAUUGCCUGUGUGUGGAACUGCUACAGAUAUGUUAGUGGAAGAGGCACCACAGAGGUCUUGGUUUAUGUCACCACUAAUGAUACAACAGUGCUACUCCCAUCCUAUGAAGAGGUUGUCGCAAUUCCGCCGAAGGAGCCGCCCCCUGAGUAAAUCUCAGCAUGACACAGAUGUCUUCUCCCUGAAUAUCCUCCAAAGAAAAGAUUUUUCUGUCAGUGUUUCAUAUUUCCCCACUCGAGCCUUCCACUUUUUACUCUGUGACGUCUCUGUCCUUUGCUCUCUGAAGGCAGAAGUGUGGCUUGCUCUUCCCUCUGCAAGUCUUCACAGCCUUCCUGGCAGACCAGUGCUGUGUGUCAACUCCAAUUUGGACUUGCACGUUCAGCAUUCAGUGAUUAUGCACGGCACUGACCUCCCCUUUUUUUAAAUACUGUGAACGUCUCAGCACUGCUGUCGGCUACUGAAAAUACCUGACAUUUAAAUGUGGCAGGUGAUAAUAAACACGUGAGUUACUUAAGAGCACUUUCUGACUGAUAGUUUUCCCAGGAACCUGAUGAAUGUGGCAGCCAGGGUAAUAUAGAUUAUAUUAUAUUAUAUAUCCAUCAUUAUAUUAACACUGAAUUGGGAGAAAUCUUUCAAAAGAUCCCGAAAGACCAGUCUACAACAUCUUAAACAGGUUUAUACCAACACUAGACAAUAUUUAAUGCAAUUUCAAAGUUACUAAUAAAAAUACAUUUCAGAUAGUUUUGCAAGUAUUCUAAAUUGAAGAUUAGAAAAACAUAUACAUAUAUACAUUAUGUAUGUGUUUAUCUAUCUAUCUAUCUAUCUAUCUAUAUAUAUAAUAUAAUAUAUAUACUAUAUAUAUAUAUAUAUAUAUAUAUAUAUAUAUAUAUAUAUAUAUAUAUAUAUAUAUAUACGCACAAUAUAAUAUACAUGUACUAUACUGUAUAUAGUUGCAGUUUAAUGAAAAACAUGGAUACAAGUUUAAAUGUGAAAGUAAGCUAGUCAUUUUCACAUUAUCUUUCAUUUAAAAUAUCUGAAUGUGGCUAUUUCCCACACUGCCCUGUAUUGCUGUUUUUUUUUUUUAAACCAUAGAUCCAGUGGCUACCAGUCAUAUGCAGAGUCGCCACAAUGUUUUUGCACAUAAGUCUUAAUAAUUCAUGUUGUAAGUUCUCUGAUAGUUAAUGAAGGAAAGUUAGACUGUAUGUAGCACAGUAAUGUAGUGUUGUUAUUACACAGCCCUGUAAUGGGUCUGAAUAUGAGUGACAUGAAAAAAUCUCCUGAAGUCUUCCCUAGCUUAAUUUCUGCUUAAGAGCUAUGCAACAACUAUGCAGAAUUCUAUUCAACUGUCCUACAUUUCAACACAGAGCACUUUAGUAUCGAUGCCUUAAGUGAAGCCUGCAGACGUUCACUGCUCUGUGCUCUGGUUAUAUUAUUUCCCCAGAAUUGGCAUUUUCCACUUGCCAAUUAUUUACAUUUACAUUUAUUCACUUAGCAGAUGCUUUUAUCCAAAGCGACUUACAAAUGAGAAAGAUACAAGCAAAGCGAUAUAUCAAGCAGAGAACAAUACAAGAAGUGCUACCAUACAAGAUCUAUUCAUUGAAUUCCAGAAGAAGUUUAUUUAGGAUAUGUUCACUUUUCUAGAUGAUUUCUGUCAUUAUUCAUAGAAGGAAACUUGCUGAUUAGUAAAUGACAAUGAAAACGGGACAAAAAUCUUACAAAACUACCAACAAACUGUAGAUAAACCAAAGUUUUGACAUCGUUGCUACAUUUUUAUACAUUAAAUACAUUGAUCACGCAAUCUCUCAGAGCUCUUAAUCUAUAUAAAGCAGUGUCAGGAUGUCUGUCUGCUCCAGUUAAAGUAUUCCAUACAAAAGAGCUUUGGGUUGAAAUAUAGUCAAAUAUCGCUAUGAACAACCUGCAGUAACCAUAUUUGCUGUUUUUCUUAUCAUGAAUGAAAUCGUUAUUCAGAUUCAAUCAUUUUGUCAUGUGAAGUGUUUAGGUUCCUAAAAUCUAACAUUAUAACCUGAUCCAAUCAAUCACCUUAAUUUUCUGUGUAAUAUGUUUGCUUAGAGGGAAAAAAAGUCAGUUCUGAAAUUUCUUACAGGUUUUUACUGUUGGUCAUAUGUUUUGUCUGUGAUUGAGGUGAUUCGAACUUGAUGUUCUAUCAGCUGCAAUAUUUGUACUGAACAGUUCUUAAAAUUAAAAGAAUCUCAUGUUGA